GGCCAAAGUACCGAUGUGAAAAGUUUAAAAACAAGUGCGGCAUGAUAAAAAAAUAAAUAUGCUGUUAAAAAUACCGAUUCUUCCAAGCAAAAUGCUCGCUUUAGUGGUAUUAACGUUGUAUCUAAGCGGUAUCGUGGGUAAUCGGCUGGAUAACUUGCUGCUUAAACCGGUAAUGGAUUUAGUUGGCGCUGAAGUAUCGCCUGCCGUUUCAAAGGCGUCGCUCGGCAAGUUGCAAGAUCGAGAUGAGGAUCCAGUGUUUUUCGAGCUGCGUAGCAAAGAUGGUAAUAGUGGUGUGCAACGGCGCAGUGCAGGCGACAGAAAAGAUCUACUUCAACAUCUUUUUGCGGCCUAUGGCUGCUUGACUCCCAUCGAAGGUUGGACGAAAUUGAAGGGAAAAUUGGAUUUUGAAAUGUUGCCCAACAAAUGUCUUGAUUGCAAGAGAUACGAGCCCAGCAUGGAUGAUAUCUUUAAUGGAUUAACAACAGUGAAUCUCGGCCAAACCCAUGUCCCAUCGGCGGACGAACAAAAAAUUCAGCCCGCUUUUGUCAAGACUAAGGA